UUGACAAGCUACUUGACGCAGGCAGUUGCCAGAACAACAACAACAUCAACAACAACAUUAUCAACAACAUCAACAACAACAACAACAACAACAUCGACAACAUCAACAACAACAUCAACAAUAUCAGCAACAUCAACAACAUCAACAAUAUCAGCAACAUAAUAAACAACAUCAAAGGCGCUAACAAACAGCAACAACAACAGCAACAAUUUAAUGACGUUGCCUACAGCUUGUUGAUACCGACAUUACAGACAAACACGUAUUUCUCAAACUUAUCACCGUCACCAUUAUCGUCAGCAUCAUCAACGUCUUUUUCAUCAUCGUCCUUGUCUUCAUCAUCAUCUCUGUCAUUAGCACCACCAUCAUCUUCAUCAUCAUCAUGGCUCUCAAAUGAACCAUCCAAGUCUGCUAAUAAAUCAUCCGGCAACUUUAACAACGGCGUAAGCAACAGCAACAAUCAUGACAACAACAACAACAACAACAUGAAAAAGUUCAAUAACAUCAACAACAACAUCAACGACAACAUCAACGACAACAACACAUGCCACUGGCUCAUUCGUUCAGAUCCUGGCCAACGACUUGAAAUAAUUCUGAUUGCUUACUACAACUCCAAUAACAUGACGUCAUCCUCCCUGUUGUCCUCAUCAUCUUCGUUAGCGUCAUCAUCGUCGAUGUCACCAUCAUCGUCAUCGUUUACAUCACCAAAAAACGAGAGAAACAGUUCGCACUAUGAUGCACCCACCGAGCAUAGCGCCCCUCCUGAAAGUCCCGAAGAUUUCAACUCAUUGAACGAUGGGUUGUUUCGGUGCCAACGAACUAAGUUUUUAAAGAUUGUCACAACAACUAACUUUAAAAUUAAUAGCACAGAUAAUAGAGAUGAUAAAAAUAACAAUAGCAAUAAUAAUAAAAACAUUUUAAACAAAAAUAGCAAACCAAUUGUCAACAACAGCAACAACAACAACAACAGCAUGGACGUCUACAACAAAAACUUGAACGGCGCUGAAAAAUUGGAAGGCAGUAAUUUUGGCAGGAAUUUGACGAAAACAGGAAAAAGUUGGACGAACGCCAAAAACGUCAACACUGCCAUUCAAAAAAACAACAACUUUAACAACAAUUUGAACAACAAAAAGUCAACAUCAUUAUUAUCAUCUUUAGUGCCAUCGUCAUCGUCAUCAACGCCUCAAAUUGCAAAUGAGUACCGGAUAAAACCGAAAAUCAGUGAAGCGGAAGUGCGUCAUCAGCAUCAAUCACCGGAAGUACUUCAAAUAUGCGUCAAUAAUGACGACUCAUCAUCGUCACCAUCUGCAGUUCGUUAUCUGAUGAGCAGCGGAAAUGACGUGCAUGUGACGUUGACGUGGAGACCCGGCAGACCAACAUCCAGGUACCUGCUCAGCGUCAAAGUGAAUAGUGAUAUGAUGAAGUAG